AUGCAGACUGCUUCUACAAACAUUUGUGAAAGACUGUGCAAUAAGUCCAUCCAUGAAAUUUCCUUGCUACUAAAUAUUCCACAGUCAAAUGUUAGUGGUAUUAUAACAAAGUGGAAGCAACUGGGAACAACAGUCACAACAUCAGCCACAAAGUGGUAGGCCACAUAAAAUUAAAGAGCAGGGUCCGCGCAUGCUGAAGUUGCCAACUCUGCAGAGUCAAUAGCUAAAGACCUCCAAACUUCGGGUGGCCUUCAGAUUAGCAGAAUGCCAGUGUGUAUAGAGCUUCAUGAAAUGGGUUUCCAUGGCAGAGCAGCUGCACACAAACCUUACAUCAUGAAGUGCAAUGCAAAGUGUUGGAUGCAGUGGGGUAAGGCAUGCCGCCACUGGACUCUAG